AUGCUCCAGCCCUCUGAUCAGCUUAGUGGCCCUCCUCUGGACUUACUCCAACAGAUCAGUGUCUUUCUUGAACUGGGGGCUCCAGAGCUGGAUGCAGCACUCCAGGUUAUGUUACAAAGAGCAUAUGAAAUUAAGCAAGGAUCACCCUCAAGGCUUGAUGCCUUUAUUUAGUCACUGGAAAAGGACAGAGACUGCCAUAAAUGUGAGACUGAGAAUUUGUUGAAGGCAUUAAGAAACACAUUCUCAAGUCCUAAGUAAAUCUCUACUUGUGGCAGCAUAAAAAAUAAAAUCAUCCAAACAGGCACGGGGGAGAUUUCCCAGCUUUGUCAGGAAGUUAUUAAAUGCCCCAGGACUCCUAAAAGCAUCACUCCUGUGACAGCUCAAGCUGUAUUAAGACACAUGGAGCUAGAAAGGAAUACAGCACUGUCAGAUUGCCAAAGGAUGCCUACAGAACAUGAUAUCCUCAGGGAGCAAUUACAGAUUUCCCAAGAAACUUUGUUUAAUAAAAGGGCUCAUUUGGAACAGAGAAUUGAAGAGCUUUAAGUGACUAUUUACAAUUUGAUUAGUGAACAGUUAGAACAGAUGUCUAAAGUGGCACUGAUGAAAGACACCAUUGAUUCUCUGGAAACUGAGAUGAAAAGAUUGACAAGAAAAGAACUGGAUUCUGAAACUGAUUUAUUGAAUGAAAAGACAGAACACUGACAGUGUGUUUCAGAGAUUCAGUGAAGCCUUGUGAAGAAAAAAGUUGAAAUGCAGCUUGGCCAAGAGAAAAUGAUGUACUAUAUAAAAAACUGUCAAAACCAAACUGAGCUUGAUGAUAUGAAGUUGAAAGCCAAGGAUUCAAACAGAAAUAUUUUCAGGCUGAAGAAUGUGCUGAAGUCUAAAGUGAGAGAGAGAAUUGUGAGCUCUUAUCACAAAGCCUGUGAACAAGGAGAAAAUUGGGAAGCAAAAUGCCAUGAAGUAAACAGGCUUUUCCUGUUAGACUGGCAAUGAUCAGUGCAAUCUGAGAGCCACAGUUGGAAGGGGAAAAUAGAGCCCUUGGAAUCACAGAUGGAGCAAGUUCAGAGAAUGUCAAUCACACAGAGGGCUGCUCAAGAACUAGCAUUUUUUAUUGCAUUGCUGUAUCAUUUAUCAACAGAAGCAGCUUACAAGUCUCCUAUUUUUGCCUUAAGCAACUCUUUUGUGAAAAUGGGCAGAGGGCCUCAAAAUACAUAUUAGGAGAGAGUCUCUGUACUUGAAAAUGCCACAUCUACACCAGAACUUUGCAUUAAAGUAGAUGUAAUCUAAGAAUGAUUAAAUUAGCAUUUAAUUUCCACAGCAGAGAAGGUAGAAUAUCUGCAGAGCAAGUGUGAAUCAAACCACUCUGAAACAGAGCUGCUGAGAAAACAACUGGGAAAUGAAAAAGCAUCUAUGAAAAACCUGGAAUCUUCGCUUGUGUCCAAUUGUGAGAACGAAUUUCAGUCACAAGCAAACCAAGAGAAAGUCUCUGAAAUUCAGUUUCACAAGGAAUAGCUUGCUUUAGUAGAAAAUAAUCUAUGAGUAAAUGACCAGGAGAGUGUUGCAGUUUUUCUCAUGAUUUCCAAGUGUAUUUAAACAGAGGUGGUUUUAUAUCUAGCUGCAUUUUCAAAUGGCCAAUGUGCCUUGA